AUGUACAAUAAUUCUCGUAUAACUCCCUAUACAAAUAGGUCAGCUCGUCCAUUUCGUGUAGACCACAGCCGUUGGUCGCUUGAUACACCGACAACUAUUAAUUUACCAUCACAUGAACCUACAGCUGUAGAAAUUUCUUCAUCAGUUUAUUUUCCUUAUUCACAACAAUCUAAACAAGUACAUACACCAGACUAUAUUAAUUGUUAUCAACCAUUAUCACAGUACUUAUCUAAUUAUGAUCGGCCUAAAUCAACAAUUAUUUGUGAUUCAAUUUCCCAAAGUCCUUCAUCAUUUCAUGUUAAUGAUCUUCGUCAACGAUAUGAAACUAAAGCUGUAGUUGGUAUUGUUAAACCGAUGGUUCAUCAACGAUCCUAUACUCAACUGAACAGCGAUAAUAAUAAUAAUGAAAGUAAAACUUCUGACAUGACAUUGAACAAUUUUCAGCAUCAUAAUUCAUCACGUUCAUUACAUCCACCAGCAUCAAUAUCAUCUUCAACAUCAUCUGUUAUGUAUCGAAUUCGUCCUACAGUAUCAAACAAUAAUAUAAAUAGUCAACCACCUAUUGCACCACGGCGACUUUCAUCGAUUAGUACCGAUAAGCGUGGAUCAUCUCAUCGUUCAUCAAGAACAACAUCAACAUCGUCAUCGAUUAUUGGUAUUAAUGAACUUUCAUCACGAAUAUCAUCACAUGAAAAUGAACAACAACAACAACAACAAAAUGAUGAAAAUACGAUUAUUGUUGAUGUUAAACGUCUUGAAAUGUUCUAUGGUAGUGUUGGAACAUUAGUUAAAUCAGCUCGUUCAAUUGCUCAUCUUUAUAUAACAACAACACGGCAAUUAGCUAAUUUUGAAGAUUGGUCAUGUCAACAAGUUGGUGUUCCUAUAUGGAUUUAUAAUACAGGUGCUAAUUUAAAACGAACACGACAAGUUCGAUUAAUGCUUGCUCAGCCUGAAAGUUGUUUUGCCGUAUGGUCAAGUUUAAUAUCAGAUAAAGCCGAAUUACGUUUACCUAAAGAAAAUUACAUUACAUGUUGGUUACCAGAAUCGAAUAUGCUUGCUGUAUUUAAAUUUGAUCGUAAUGAUGCUUGUCGAUUAUUUUUUCGACAUUAUUAUGAAAUAUUAGAAUAUGAACGACGUAUGAAUUUAGCAAAUCCACCACCCUUACCAGCUGAUAGUAGUACUCCACAACAACAACAAAAACAAAAUAAUAACAAUAAUAAUAAUAAUAAAGAAGUUCCACGUCGUUAUUCGCGUUUAAGAACAAUAUCAAGUAAACAAGAUAAAGAACAAGAACAACAACAAUAUGAAUUACGUCGUUGUCGAAGUUUAUCAAAAAUUCGUACAGUUAAAAAAUCAGAUAUAUCAGGACCAAUUAAUUUUGAACAUAUUAAUCAUGUAAGUAAUGGAUCUAAUCAACAAAAACAACGACCAUUAUCAGGUUCAAUAACACUUCGUUCGUUACAUGCUUCUAUGUCACAUUUACCUAAUAGUGGUACAAUAACUGAACGAAUUUUGAAUCAAAAAAAGAAACGUGCUUCAGCUUAUUUUGAACCACGAACAACAGCAGUUUAA